GUUUGUUCUGAAUUUCUCUCGUCAGGUUUCUUCGCUGACGACAAGAGCUCAGAGCAGACCGAGUUCCUGAAGGCCGCCAGCGCUUUGAGGGACGACUACCGCUUCGCACACACCAACGCCGAGGCCCUGCUCAGCAGCCACGGCGGAGAGGGAGUCGUCCUGUUCCGUCCUCCACGUCUYGCCAACAAGUUCGAAGACGGCUCCGUGAAAUUCACCGAGGACAAAUUCACCAGCAACAAAAUCAAGAAGUUCAUCCAGGACAACAUCUUYGGAAUCUGUCCCCACCUGACAGACGACAACAAAGACCAGCUGAAGGGCAAAGACCUGCUGGUGGCGUACUACGACGUCGACUACGACAAAAACCCCAAAGGCUCCAACUACUGGAGGAACAGAGUGAUGAAGGUGGCCAAGAGCUUCCUGGACCAGGGGAAGAAGCUGAACUUCGCCGUCGCCAACAGGAACCAGUUCAACCACGACCUGUCCGACUUCGGCCUGGACGGCUCCGGCGAGCUGCCCGUCGUCGCCAUCCGCACYGCCAAGGGAGACAAAUACGUCAUGAGCGAGGAGUUCUCCCGAGACGGAAAGGCUCUGGAGCGCUUCCUGCAGGACUUCUUUGAUGGGAAGUUGAAGCGCUACCUCAAGUCAGAAAAAGUCCCUGAAAACAACGACGGGCCAGUUAAGGUUGUGGUGGCUGAAAACUUUGACUCCAUCGUCAACGACGACAGCAAAGACGUCCUCAUUGAGUUCUACGCACCGUGGUGCGGCCAUUGCAAGAACCUGGAGCCCAAAUACAAGGAGCUGGGAGAGAAGGUAAGAUUUUUUCUUUUCUUUUUUUCUUGGUCAUGAUCAUACAUGUUUUAG